AUGUCACAAAAGUUCAAGGUUAGAAAACUCAGAGAUUAAAAGCCAGAGGAUCUUCUUAAGGAUUUAGAAAAGCUUAAGUCAGAACUCAUUCAAUUAAGAACAGUCAAAGUUUCAGCUGGUAAUGCUCAAAAGCUCGGCAGAAUUGGACUUGUGAGAAAACGAAUUGCAAAAUAUUUAACAGUCAUUAAUCAAUAAAGACACGACUAAGUUAAAUCAAGCACAAAAUCAAGUGGCAAACUCCCUGUUGAUCUCAGAGGCAAAUAAACUAGAGCAAUCAGAUAAAGAUUAACCAGAAGCGAAAAAGCAUAAAAAACUCUCAGAUAAUGGAAAAGAUUAAACAAUUUCUCAUUAAGAAAGUUUGCUUUAAAAGAGUGAUUCAUUAACAAUCAUAAUAGUACAUUAUUAUAAUACUUAGAUAAA